AUCGAUCACACACGCUAAUCGAACCCAGAGAGAGUCGAUCCCUGAUCUAUCAUCAGAGCAGGAAACCAGGUCCAGGCUCUUCCACAGGGUCCGACCCGGAGCUGUCAGUCAUGGUCUUCGAGUCUAUGGUGAGCGACCUGCUCAAUAGGUUCAUCGGAGACUAUGUGGAGAACUUGGACAAGUCCCAGCUGAAGAUCGGGAUCUGGGGAGGAAAUGUUGUUCUGGAGAACCUGAAAGUGAAGGAGAAUGCUUUGAGCGAGUUUGAUGUUCCGUUCAAAGUGAAGGCCGGACAGAUCGGGAAGCUGACGUUGAAGAUCCCGUGGAAGAACCUCUACAAUGACGCCGUGGUGGCGACGCUGGAGGGGCUGUACCUGCUGGUCGUCCCCGGAGCCACAAUCAAGUACGAUGCUGCGAAGGAGGAGAAAUACCAGCAGGAGGCCAAGCAGAAAGAGCUGCAUCGCAUCGAGGGCGCCUUACAGAUGGCCGCACGGCGAGAGAAACCUCAGGACGACAAGAAGGACUCCUUUUUUGAGAAACUGGCCGCUCAGGUGAUCAAAAACCUGCAGGUGAAGAUCAGCAGGAUCCACCUGCGCUACGAGGACAACCUGUCAGACCCAGAGCACCCACUGUCUGUGGGAGUCACACUGUCUGAGCUCAGCCUGCAGACAACAGAUGAAAACUGGAAGGCGUGCAUCCUGAACGAAGCAGCAAAGAUCAUCUAUAAGCUCGGGCGUCUGGAGAGUCUCUGCGCCUACUGGAACGUCAACAGCCCGAUCUUCUACAAAGGAUCAUGGGAAGACAUCGUGAAUCAGCUGAAGUGUGGGAUCAGCAGUAAGGAUCAGGAGCUCCCUCAUUAUCAGUACAUGUUCAAGCCGAUCUUUGCUUCGGCUAAAAUGUGCAUCAACCCGAACGCUGAGCAGGAGCUGAAGACUCCGAAAGCUAAGCUGCACAUGGAGGUCCAGAACAUCGCCAUCGAGAUGACCAAACCUCAGUACCUGUCCAUGGUGGAGGUGCUGGAGUCUGUAGACUGCAUGUUCAAGAACGCCCCCUACAGGAAAUUCAGACCUGAAGUUCCAGUCCUCAACAACUCCAGACUCUGUGGCCAAAAGAUACAACAUGCACACAUCCACCUGCCUGUCGUAGCCUCCUCCACGCCCCCCUCCUCCUCCUCCUCCCUCCUCCACCCUCCUCCUGUCUCCAUCAGCCUGUGCGCUGCUGCUGCUGCUGCUGCUCGGAGCGCGCUCCCUAUCCGCACUUUGGCUGGAAGUUUCCCCCGGCAGAGCUGCAUGGUCCGCCGGUAA